AAGCUUCGCGAGUCCCGAAUGUGCCUGAUUUCUCUGAUCGGUAGUAUUUCCCAGCGGGCCGGCGCCCCGGCGGCUUGGAUUUCUAUGUGCUAUUAUUUCCCCCUGCCUGAACAAAAUGACGUGUCAAUAGAAUAGGGCUGUUCGAGUGUGCCGAUGAUGAGGUGACAUUUGGCAGGUGAGAUGCGGAAUGGGGUGGUCUGGACAGCGCUGCUGCUCCUCCUGUUGAUGUGCGUGGCGACGGAAGCCGGCCUUGGGCCGUCCUUCAGGUGCCCGGCAGAGCGGCCCUACACUGUUGUGGCCGCCGCCGCCCCGGCAGUGGCCCUGCCCAUGACGUCGCUCUUCCCUCUCAACGGCGGCACGCCGCCCUUCACUUACACGCUGGAAAAUAAUGAUGGCGUCCACGAUGGUGGUCUGAACGUCACUGUGGACGGGGGCGGUGUGCUGCUGGUCGGCUGUGAUGGCGCGGCGGGAGGUGCGGGGCUGCAUCAUCUGCCACUGGCGGAGAGGCUGCUGGUGACGGACGGCCGGGGGAGGGAGGCCAGAGCCACGCCGGACGACGACUGCUGGCUGCACGUCGGUGGGUGGCUGUUCUUUCGAAAGAGAUAUAUAUGGGAUGCUUGUCGGUAUAUAUAUGUGUGUCUGGUCGUGCAGACUGCAGCGAGCGCCCCUCCCACGCAUACAUCGUCGCAAAGGUAGGUACUCUCUGCUCGUCGGAAGGAAUCCCCGAUCAUUAUGUAUGGCUCACUGGCUUGUUUGCUGCUUGUGAUUGCAAUGCAGGCCCCCUACCUCCAGGCCAUCAUCGGCGGCGACCCCGUCACCCUGCCACUAAAGGACGUCUUCCCAACCGUCCCUUCGCCAAUACCCGUCGAAUCGCAGCCGGACCACCCCUAUGUGCAGGCCUUUGGGGGCGAGCCGUACUAUCCCCGUCCGGGGGCCCGCGUGACUGUCCAUCGCGAAAACGACACAUCGUCCCAGUGGCAGCUUGAGCUGCUUUGCGAGGGCCAGGCCCCCCUGGGCCCGUCGAUGGUCUUCCUCUCGCCGUCCCGCGACCCCCCAUUGGUCAUGAUCGACUCCCACCUCACCCUGAGCUCCACCAGCGGCGGUCAGGCAUUUGGCAUCGAGUGCCUCGCCACUGACUCGCCCACCUUUGCACGCGCCCCCCUUAACUCGCCCUUUGGCUACAGCCACCCCCUGGUCACCCCGGCUGACCGGCUCGCUGCCCUGCCGAGCCUCACGGCAGAGGUCGAUGGGGUGAUCGCGAGGACGUCCAUGACGUCUGUGUGUUCGCUGCACCCCCGGUCGAGCAUUCCGCCGUUUCGGAGCACUUUCAGCACCAAAAACAUCGGCUACUUCAGGCAGAGCCCUCACCACAUUGUCAUCGAUGUGGGCGUGGAGCUUGCUAUCAGGUGACUGACAGACUCACAGAGAGAGGGGGACAGGAGGGAGCAAUGCAAUGUGUGUGUGGAUGUGUGGCGUCUGUUUAACAGGCCUGUGGGUGAGGCUGACGUGUUGGAGCUCAAGUGCUCGGGCAAGUCGGCAGCCAUGAUGGGCGCCAGCAACGGGGUCGUCUACCAGACAACCAUCGAUGUAGGUGCACCUUCGCGGAAACAGACAGACCACACACACAGACAUACAUCGACAAGUGAGUGGCUUAGGCUAUUCUCUGCGUGACGUGCGUGUAUCAAUCAGCUGGCGGGCACGUUGGUGGUGGCCGACCGAGGGGGCGCCAAGGCGGUCGCUCCACACGAUGUCUGUCUCGUACAGCUACGUGAGGAAGGAACCAAACAUGCCAUUCACGGAAUCGAUCCAUCUCGCUCUCUCUCUCUCUUGCCGAUGGUCGACAGAGUGUGCAAGGGGCCUCCACUUCACCGCCUCCCCCUCCAAUGGUGGUCGCAUCCCCACCCUGCGUGCCGACGGCAGGGCCGCUAUGCCCAUCUCCGACGUGUGUGACCUCCGGGGCGGCGAGGGGCCCUUCAGAUUCGCACUCAAUACUUCGUGGGGGCCGAUGCAGCUGGGCGUCACCGAUGACGACAGAAUUGCCCUCACGUGCGACGCGGCGAAUGUCGGGGGGCUCUCGUCAGCUUUAAUCGAUCUGCAGGGGUAAACAAAGGGAUGGAUGGAGGGAUUGAGGAGGGGACACAUUCAUUAAUUCUGUUUGCUUGUGUCUGUUCCUUCUUUCCUUCAGUCUGUUGUACGCUGGUGACACCAAGACGAAGACCAAGACCACGCCGCCGCCCAACCAGUGCCUCCUGCGCAUCGGUCAGAUCACAACAGAAACCAAAGGCAGACACACAGACACACAGACAACCUGUGUCCUUUCUAUCUCUCAUAUCAAUCAAUCAGAGUGUACGGGCGGUCCCAGCAGCCCCCUGGAUGUGUCGGCAGCCAUGCCCCCGACAUCGCCAUCGCCCUCGUCGUCGGCAGCCCCAGCCCCGCCGACGGUCACGCGGCUGCGUGUGCGGCGCAACACGGGCCCCCAGUACGUCAUGACCGUCCCCCGGACAUGCUACCCCCCGCCCACAGACGGCCUCCCGCCAUUCAGCUACAAGCUCGCAGAAGAACGUGCCAACGCACACUCUGCCCCUGGGACGGGACGGCAAAGCACCAGCAGCAGCAGCAGCUCACAAGGGCUGAUCAGGGGGGGCGCUGGUGAGCUGGCCUUCUCCAUGGGAGGGUCUGGGGCGCCGUUUGACGGCGGGAUGGCGAAAGCGCUUGGAGACGCUGUGACGUUCGCGUCACCUGCGUGGGGCGUGACGCUGUCGGUGGGCAGCCAGUAUGGGCUGCUGGCCUUGGAGUGCGGGGCGGUCAGCCGGCCGGGCACCAUCAGGCUGGACCUCUUCGGUAUUAUGCUCAUGACCGACAAGAACGGCACCAAGAUCACACCUGACCCGGGCACUUGUGUGCUGGAUCUCGGUGAGUGCCGAGAUGAGAUGAGAUGCACCCACUGCACUGCCUGCCGAAGGAAUGUGUGUUUUGCAUUGUCACUUUCAUUCAGAGUGUGUCGACGGCGAGGAUACCGAUAUGUCGGCACCAGACCUGGCCCAUGACGGGGCUGUCACCAGCCAGCACGGCAAUGACUGCCCACUUCUGGAAGCCCCCACACCCCAGCUCACUGCAACGGUUGGCGGAGACGACAGCGAGCCCAUCGACCACGUGUUGCGCAUACGCCAGAGCACCGCCACAGCCAAUGACGACCAGGAGCAAGGCGGGUCCGACGGCUCUCUCCGGGUGAGAGUGCCGCAGCAGCCGGUGGUGCUGGGCGGCAUGGCGCUGUCCAUCAAGGGGGAGGGCACAGUGAGAGACCCGACGGCUGUGACGGACGGGCGAGAGGGGCUGAUGGUCAGCAUGUCGCUGCAGUGCAGGCGCGGCUAUCCCCCCACCAAUUUGACGGUCGACCUCAUGCACCUCAUGGACGUGGAAACCGAGGACCACGCCAGCCUGUGCAGCAAUCCUGUCAUCCUCUCGUGUCGAGGGGAGACCAACCACCCGCCCACCAUCAGCUGCCGCGACCCACCGCCCUCCCUCGACGCCAUGACGGUCCGCGACCCUGAGGUGCAGGAGCUGGCCUUCACCGACAUUUUCGACGUGUCUGACGACGACGGCGACGCCGUGAGGGUGCUCUCCCACGGCACAGUGGACGGCAGCGACCCCAACAGCAUCGUCACCAACCCCCCUCUCCUCUCCACCAACCUCAUGGGCUCUUCCGGCGACCUGCAAGCCUUCGGCCGCAACGGCGGCCCGGAAACCGCACCCUCCACACCUGACAAACACUGGUGGGAGUACACCGAGCACAUUAAGACUACCUAUCCCCUCACGGCGAGGACGGCGGCCGUCAGCUUGCUUCAGUCGGCUGGGCUGGAGGGGGUGGAGGGGGAGGGAAGUGGGGAGGGGACUGGCGAUGGUGAGGGGGGUGAGAAGGUGCUGGGCUUGGACGUGGCCGACGUGGUGCUGCGCAUCGGGUGCCAGAAGGCCGGGCAGAGCGUCCACGCCACGGCGUGGAUCGGGGCGCAGGUGACGGACGGGCACUACGUCAGGGGCGCACAAUGCCCCGUGGAAAUCGGUACGGUACGAUCACGGACGGACGGACAGAUAGACAGAGAGGCAUCUGGAGACUGCUUCGUGUCCUGUGUGCAGACUGUGAGUCCGACACGGGCUACUCAUCAUGUCGAGUGUGCGAGGGCGACACGUGCGAGCAGAACCCUCCAGCCAUCACCUGCAGCGACCCAGCCACCCCCAUCUGCAUGCUCACCAUAUCCACGUCAGGAUCAAGGGGAAGCGACGACACCAACACAACCGCGGCCAACGAGACCGAGCCCGAGCCGGCGGCAGUGGCGGCCGGCCCGCCCCUUCACGGCCCGCACGGGCUGCCCCUUCCCCCAGCAGGCCCUCCCGCCCCACCAUUGUUCAGGCACAGACGGUGUGUGUCUGAGCAGCAGGCCAUCGAGGCCUGGUGGGAGCAGUCAAGCGUACAUGCCGCGCAGCACCCCGCGUCGCCCGAGACACACCGGUGGAGUUGGAGAGAAGUGGAAGACUGGUACGCUCACCAAUUAUCCAGAUGCUUUGGGCUCACCCUCUCCCUCUCCCUCUCUCUCUCUCUCUCUCUGUGUGUGUGUGUGUGUGUGUCUGUCUGUCUGCAGGGAUUGGGGUGCUCAGCACUUGCUGGCUACGCGCGGCAACCCGUGUCUGGCGCUGGCAGCAGGGCUGGAGCCGAUCAUUUCCCAGGGAAAAGAGGGGGAGGGUGGGGCGGCACCCGAGCUGACGUGCCACUUUGCUGGGGCGGGCGGGCUGGCGGAGGACGCCGGGAGUAAUUCGAUGCCGCUGGACAUUGACAACAUGCUUGUUUCUGUUGUUGAUGCUGCUGCAGCGUGAUAAUGAGGAUUAUAAGACAAUGAUGAAUGAGUGUACGUGUGAGUGUUUUUGCACACAUCACAUGCAUGAUCUGAUAAUAUGAUUCAUUCAUGUGUGUGCCUUUAUGUGCCCCCUAUAUUGAUGUGGGUGUUGUCUGUGUCCGUGCGUCCCUGCGUGCGUCUCCGUGCGCGUGUGGUGCGAUGUGUAAGCGGUUUGCACAGCGGAUCGACCGCGAGACGUGAUUGAUAUAUUUACUGUGGCCACCUGGAGACAUGAUCAGCCACACAAAUGAUGGAUGGAUAACAUGAUGCAUGCUUGCAGUGGA